GGGGAAAUUCUAACGAAACAAGUUUCUAACGAAAAUCCUAUGUGAUUAUCAGAUGUGGGUCAUACUCUUUUCGCUUUUUAAUAUCGAGAAUAAAGCUAGCCACAGAACCACCCUCUCCCAUUGUUUACGUUGUCCCCCAGGAGGGAGGAUUGAGGUGCCAUGGCAAGCACCUCGUCGUUUCGAACGUUCGUAUUAUAUACGCUAGCAAAGUGAGUGGAACGAAACGCUGAAGUGAGUUCUGUCCGACGUUCGCUCGUCGCCUUCGAAAAGAAACAGGAUAAACAAAGUGAAGAUUCCUAGGUUCUUUAUCGCUUUGAAAGCAGCUAACAGCAACCGAUUCAUUUCGCGUCGGAUAUUAUCAUCACGUCACUGAAAUGGGCCUGUCUUCGGUAUGCUGAAUUCGAUUUUUCGGCUUUGUCGGCCUUUUCUAGCCGGGAGCAACCUUGUGGUGGCACGCCUUACUGCAGUAUCAAGCAAUAGCGGACGCUAUUUCAAACGUUGCAGUUGCAGUAGUUCGCCGAAAACAGGUACCACCGGCGCAACUGGCAGGUUGAGUGCGGGCAUCGUAAUCAUCGGCGACGAAGUUCUUCGGGGUGACGUUCGUGACGCAAAUGCGUACUUCCUACUAAAAAAUCUUCAUCGAUACGGUGUUAGUGUAAGGCGAAUUGUAUUUGUCGGCGACGAAAUCGACGAGAUCGGUAGCGUUGUUAAGGAGUUUGCCGGAAAACACAAUUUUGUGUUUACUUGCGGAGGCGUCGGGCCAACCCACGAUGAUAUCACGUAUGCAGCGAUCGCGAAAGCUUUCGAUCAACAAAUUGUCUUGCGACAGGACCUGUGGGAUUUAUGCAAGUUAUACUUUGGGAACGAUCUGACUGAGGAUAGUCCGUUAACAAAAUUCGCUCGAAUUCCUGAACGGGCGGAGUCGAUCAUAGCGCAAGUUGUUCACAACUCCCGCGUGUUCACGUCGUGUUUGGUCAGGCUGGAUAACAUUAUAAUUUUGCCAGGAGUGCCACUUAUUACAGAAAAGCUGUUUCCUGUAAUCGUAGAACGCCUCGGCCUCGAAGAGAUGCCUGAAAUCACCCGAGAACUGUUCCUCUCUCUGGACGAGGCUAGCAUAACUGAACAGCUAAACGAAGCGGUGUCCAAGUUUAAAGAUGUGAAAUUUGGCUCUUACCCUCACUUCCAUGGAGAUUAUUAUAAGACCAGACUACGGAUAGAGGCUAGCAACCCAGCACAUCUUGACGAAGUAGAAAAUUAUUUCCGUAACAGCUUGCCCAGUGGUGCUAUUAUUGAUAAUUUUUUAAGUAACCCCCUCGAAGCAGCGCACAGACGAAUCGAAAUCCUUGCCGCGAAACACCCUUUCGUUAGAGAAGCAUACGAUGUUGUCUGCAAAGCUCUUAGACUUUACAAACCCGAGGAAAUUUGUGUGGCGUUCUCUGGUGGAAAGGACUGCACGAUUGUAGCAUACCUAUACUAUGCUGCCCUCCAAGAGCACGUCAAGGAAACGGACAUUAAGACCAAACAAAAUUGGUUAUAUGUACGUUCGGAGGAUGGCCGACCUGAAGUUGAAAAGUUCAUUGAAGAUUCUGUAACAUUUUACGGAGCCCACCUUAUAACAAUUAACGCAUCUUACAAGGAAGCCUUAAAGCAGGCCAUUGAUUCGGGCCUGAAACUGUUUCUUUUGGGAAAUCGUACUGUCGAUCCGAAGGGGGAUACACUUAAUCACUUCAAUGCGACGGACUCUGAUUGGCCCCAGGCAAUGAGGGCCUUCCCUAUAUUGAAUUGGAACUAUAAAGAAGUGUGGAAAUUUCUUCGAGAUCUCCAUAUUCCUUACUGUCCAUUGUACGAUCAAGGUUUCUCAUCGUUAGGAAAGCAAAGUACGCCUAACCCUAAGCUAAUCUACGUGGAUGAGCGCGGAGUGACCCGAUUUCGGGCAGCUUACCUUUUAGAUGAUAAUUCUGCGGAACGAAUUGGCCGACGAUAGUAUCUGUUAUAUAGAUUUAGUUACAAUGUUGAAGUGACUCGUUAUGAAAUAUAUGGUGAACAAAAUUGUCUGUUACGCACUACCGUCGGUAUGUGCGGUUCUUUGCAAACAGUAGAUGCAAAUUUAUUGAGUGAAUAUAUUCGUUAUAAGAGCCUUAAGCCUGUCUGGAUACUGGAUAUACAUUUAUACAUAGGCAUGAAUUAUACACAUAUAUAUAUAUAUAUAUAUAUAUAUAUAUUCAUUGGUAUUAUCGGAAGCGUCCUUUAGUGCUGUUGAAACAGUGUGCUAUCCGUAAGCAUAGCAUCACUAAAACUAAAACUUUACAUGAAACUUUUAAAAUAAAU